AGCGGAAAGCGGAAAUUAAAGAGAGCCGUGAAUGUCAAACUAGUAUGGUACGGACUGCGAUUUUAAGUAACCUAAAAUAAAAAUGUUGGGAUACAGUUUAUUUAGGAUAGUAGCGUUAACAAAAUGCAUCACAGCCAACGGUGGUACUGCGCUCUGCAGGACGAACAUGUUAAACAGAAUACAGACAUGUGGAUAUGCGAAGAAAGUUGCAACCAAAGGAAAAAAAGGCAUGGUGAAGGAAGAGCUGAAAGGUCCAGAAGUGUGUAAAGACCCUGUCAGACUUACUUCUUAUGCUGUAGGAGUAAACAUCUUCAAGCAAGGAGAUGACCCCAAACUGAAGCCUCCUGAGGAAUAUCCAGAGUGGUUGUUCGAGUUGAACCUGGGAGCGCCUAAAAAUCUGCAGGAGCUGGAGCCAGAAAGCUGGGAAUACUGGAAGCGUCUGAGGAAGGAAAACAUAUGGCGUUUCAACAGACUACAUAAAGGGAAGAAGUUUUAAGCCAUCACUGGAGUGACAGUGAGCAGCUCUCGUCCUGUGCGUCGAUGUGCUUCAGACUAUAUGAACUGAAUUACCAUGACAUUGACAUGUUCAGAUCUCAUGUCAAGAGAUCUCAUCAAUGAAACCUCAUUACACCAACUCUUUACCACUUGCCAUUCAUCUAGUCAAUUAUCUGAAAUCAUGCAGCAUAUUCAGUGGUUUCCCUGCAUAGGCCCUCUGGUAACAGUAUUUGAAAGCUGGGAGAAACUGUUAUUGAUUAAGGCUUUUGAGUACAGUAUAUAACUUUAGAAAGUUCAUCACAAGUUAUGUUGAAUACAGGUGGCAAAAAUAUAAGACCUGAGACUAACAGUACAGUGGAAUCCAAUACAUUAACAGUCUCAACAAAAAGUGAACAUCAUAAGCAGAAAAGUAGAUUAAAAGUGCAUUUUGACCCUCUCAGCAAAGCCCGUGAUACAAUCAAAAGCUCCAAAAACAGCUACUACAUUGACCUUGUGAUGAGAGUUCAGAUAGGUAGUGCUUACUGUAUUCAAUGAAGGGCCAUUGCACUGGAUUGAAUUCAUUUGUACAAUGGUGAUGACCUGAUGAUAUUUCCAUAAAUCACUUUCACCUUUUUUUUGCAGACUUAUGAUAAAUAAAUAUGAAUAAUUAUCCAACAAAUGAUGCCUUCUAUUCUUGCAGAAUGCUGUACAGCUUUAAUCCAUGGUAUGAAUAUAAAUCUGGAACCAUUUUAUAAAAGGUUUAUAAACUGAAAUUAAUGCCUCUUAAUGUUUCAUGGACCAGUUCUCAAUUCCAGAGCAACAUUUGUGUUGCUUGGUUGCAGAGGUUAAGUCACAAAUUUGGAGACUUGAGACUUGCUUGACAAAGUGAUAAAAGAUUCGACUUGACUUAGAUUUGACUUAGACAGAUGACUUGAAAGGGCUUUUUUUUAAUAUUUGUAUUUUUUAGAUGAAUUACAUGUUGUUUUUGAAACAUGAUUGGGUGAUUUCUUGUAUGAUGCCUACCAACCAGCUAUUUGGAUUGCAGGAAGAACAUUGGACAAUGCAAGUUCCACAUAGAGAUGCAUUGUAAUAGUAAUAACUAGUAUGGCACUCAGUAGAGCACAUACCUUUGCCAUGGCCAAACAAUCCUACACAUUGAUGAAAGUCAUUUUAAAAAAUCCUGGAUCCACUCCUUUAACCAGAUCCGCACCAAAAUUUAAUGGGUUGGCCUCCAGCCUGCGCCCCAUCACUCCACCAAGUUUUGUGCGUUUUGCUGACAUUUAAACACGUGUGAAAGCAUGAAGGUAAAGAUAAUAGGUAAUAAGACUAAUAAAAAUAAUCGUAGCAGUGAGUGGCUUGCAGUCACAGAUACAUUGCCACAGAAUGUCAAAUAUUAGUCAGAUUUCUAAGGUGUAAGCAACAAUUUCAUUCAUUUAAUUAAUGUUGAAAGUAAAAAUUAACUUUUAUUGACCUCUGUCUGUAACUGAUUUAAAUGUGGAAACUAUAUGUAGACCUGUAACUUGUUUAAUCAGAGCAAUGUCUGGACGUGUCUUGCUUGAUUCUCACCACAGUAACUUUGGACUUGUUUGAGACUGUAAAGACUUGAGACUUGCUUGUAGCUCGCACAUGUUGAGCUUACUACUACCUCUGCCACGUUACAAUCUACCGUGAAUAGUUUUUGCUCUGAUAAGUUGGCUUCAAUAAUUUGCGUUGCUGUGACAACGCUUUAUGCAAAUGAUCGAGCCUGUUGGCAGAAAUGAGGAACCGAAAUGAGAAGCAAAUAAAAUGGGGAACUAAAUCAUGUAAGACUGGAAGAGUAA